AUGAGUUCCAUUUUUAUUCCCCAUCUACGAACAGGGUGGCAUGUUGACCAAGCUAUUCUCUCUGAAGAUGAAAGACUCGUCAUCAUACGGUUUGGUAAAGACUAUGAUCGCCUGUGUAUGAUCAUGGAUGAGACGCUUUAUGGUAUUGCCGAGAAGGUCAAGAACUUUGCUGCUAUAUAUGUGUGUGAUAUUGAGCAAGUGCCUGACUUUAACGAGAUGUAUGAGCUUUACGAUCCUUGUACGGUUAUGUUCUUCUACCGAAACAAGCACAUGAUGUGUGACUUUGGCACUGGCAACAACAACAAGCUCAAUUUCCUCAUAGACAACAAGCAAGAUAUGAUUGAUAUCAUUGAGACGAUAUAUAGAGGAGCUAUCAAGGGUAAGGGUCUUGUUGUCAGCCCUAAGGACUACAGUUCGGCGAGAAUGAGGUAA